AUGGGACUAAAUUAUCGAAUAACAGACAUGGUCGCUCAAUAUCGUCAUCAUGUUUCAUUUUAUAAAGCAUCUAUUUUAACAUCUGAUUAUUUAUAUAUAAAUGUUCUUCCUCAAAUUGGUUUUCAUGUUCGAUCAUUAGUUAUUCAUCGUAAUUAUUCUUGUUUACAAGAUGAAUUAUUUAUCGAACAUUUUGGAAAGAAAAUGUCGAUGAUAUUUCCUAAAUUAGAAAGAAUUAGUCUUACUUAUUAUGAGCAUGAUACAUUACUUAUUUUUCUUGAUACUUUACAUGAUUUGAAUCAUUUGAAUGAGAUCCGUUUAUAUGAUUUCUUUGAUAAUCCAACUUCGAAUCAAACAAUAACCGUUCGAUCACUAUGUCAAGCAAAUAAUCAUCGGUUUACGACGAUACUAGUAGAUGACCGAUCGAGCUGUUUGCAUUUCGAUGAUAAUGAUCGAUACUUAAAUGUUCUUCGACUGCGUAUCAAUUUGACAAGUGUCAUUGAUUUACCGGCUCUUUUUGCAACUGUUCCCAAUGUUCACUAUUUAGAUGUAGUAAUCAGUGAAGAAAGUGAUUAUUCUAAAUUGUUGAAUGAAAUGAAAUUUACUCCUCUUCUUCAUCUCAUCGAAUUUCAAUUAAAAUCACUUAAGCACGGUUGGGGAUUAGAAGAAUUAUCUGUAUUACUUGUCCAACUACCAAUCGUACAAAAUCUGUUACUUUCUCUCGCCACUUUUGAUAAUCGACUUGUCGAAGAUAAUAUCGUUCUUUCCAUACUUCCUUCUACUGUUCAACAAUUUAACUACGUCAUUCGCUACUUCUAUGAUUCUGAAUUUGAUGGAAUUGAUGAGAUUAUUACUUCUUGGUCACCAUCAAAUCCAAUAACCUGGUGCUUAAACGAUAAAUCCUUGUUUCUUCAUAGUUUACCUUGGCGCUUUCGUCACAUAGAAUUUACUUUGUCACACAAAGAACAACAACAACUUCCAGUGUCUCACCUUCCGAGGUUAUCUCGAUUGGUUCAAGUCUUUUUGUUUCAAUCAAUACCAUCUGAUCUCCAUCUUUUCUCAUUUAUUCUUAAUGUUGCACCUAAUCUUUUUCGUUUGGAUUUACCUUUUGACUGCUUAUGGAAAUUAGUUGAAGAUCAACAAACACAAAAUCUCCUUGGUCAACGCAUUACUUCACUUAAUAUCUACAAAAAUGCAACAGAAAGAUCACUAAUAACAGUUAAUGAAGAACACAUACCUAUCAUAGCUUCUGUAUUUCCUCGAGUUCGUGAUUUGUAUGUUGAUGUGAUACAUUUAGCAAGUAGUACAACAAUGAUCUCGAACAGAAAUACUCUAGAACAUACUGUAGUAGAAAACUUAUCCGUGGAAUCAACUCAACAGAAACAUGAAGUUGUUUCACCAUUAUCAAAUGAAUCGAUGCUGUUAUGUCUGUUCAAACAGUUCAAACAACAUAAACUCACUAGUUUAUAUAUUGAUGGACAUUUUCAUGAAGAGAUUAAAACAAAUACAGAACAAUGGUUACGAAAUAAUACUAUUCUUUAUGAACAACAAUUCAAAGUUGUUUAUUCUAGUGAAUGGAAUCGAAUACUAAUUUGGAUGUGA